AUGGCCUCUAUUAUUCGUGCGAUGCGACCUUUGUCGCGCUCCCUCCCCUCGGCCCGGUUGGCCGGCAGACGCCUGGCUACCGGCCGGCCCGUACAGAGUGCAUAUGCAUUCUCUACUACCUCUCGCCGGCGGGAAGCCGACCUUUCUACCCUGGCCCCGACGCCCAUCACCCAUUUGUCCGAGACGGAAUCUCUCAUGGCCGACACGGUCUCAAAGUUCGCGCAGGAGCAGAUCGGCCCUAAGGUUCGGGAUAUGGAUGAAGCCGAGACUAUGGACCCCAAAAUUGUGGAGCAGCUCUUUGAGCAGGGCUUGAUGAGCAUCGAGGUGCCCGAGGAGUUCGGCGGUGCAGGCAUGAAUUUUACCGCGGCGAUCGUCGCGAUCGAGGAGUUGGCUCGCGUCGACCCUAGCGUCAGUGUGCUGGUCGAUGUCCACAACACUCUGGUGAAUACUGCGAUCAUGAAGUACGGUGACGCACAGUCCCAGCGCACCUGGUUGCCUAAGCUGGCUACCGGCACUGUGGGCUCGUUCUGUCUCUCUGAGCCGGCUUCCGGCUCUGACGCUUUUGCGCUGCAGACCAAGGCGGAGAAGACCGCUGACGGAUACAAGAUCAAUGGAUCGAAGAUGUGGAUCACCAACGCUAUGGAGUCUGGCAUCUUUAUUGUUUUCGCCAACCUUGACCCCAGCAAGGGCUACAAGGGCAUUACUGCUUUCAUUGUUGAGAAGGACACCCCCGGCUUCUCGAUUGCCAAGAAGGAGAAGAAGCUCGGCAUCCGCGCUAGCAGCACCUGUGUGCUCAACUUUGACGAUUGUGUCAUUCCCAAGAGCAACCUGCUCGGCGAGGAGGGCCAGGGUUACAAGUACGCUAUCAGCGUGCUGAACGAGGGACGUAUUGGUAUUGCUGCCCAGAUGACUGGUCUGGCCCUUGGUGCCUGGGAGAAUGCUGCACGAUACGUCUGGAACGAUCGUCGCCAGUUUGGUGAGCUGAUCGGUAACUUCCAGGGCAUGCAGCACCAGAUUGCACAGGCCUACACUGAGAUUUCCGCUGCUCGGGCUCUCGUCUACAACGCCGCUCGUAAGAAGGAGGCUGGCCAGGACUUCGUCCAAGAUGCCGCUAUGGCCAAGCUUUAUGCUUCCCAGGUCGCUGGUCGCGUGUCUGGUUCUGCCGUUGAGUGGAUGGGUGGCAUGGGCUUUGUGCGCGAGGGUAUUGCCGAGAAGAUGUUCCGUGACAGCAAGAUCGGCGCCAUCUACGAGGGUACCAGCAACAUUCAGCUGCAGACCAUUGCUAAGUUGCUCCAGAAGCAAUACACGCAAUAG